AUGACUUCCUUAGUGGAGGCUAUUCAGAAGAAAUAUGAGAAAUUAACUGAAGGCCGAAUAUUUGAAACGUUCGUACAAAGGAGUCCAAAUCGUGUUGGAGCCAACAUAUUGUUUCCUGCGAGAACUUUGUCCAUGGAUUGCCAGCGGAUAUCAAAAGUGGGAAGUGAGGAAGAACUGUUCCGUGCCGCUGGGCAUGUAGUAGAGUUAGACCUCGCUGGAAACAAACUUUGCUGUUGGAAUGAGAUCUUCACUCUGCUUCGAUGCCUGCAAAACUUGGAGUCACUAAACUUGAGUCAGAAUCCCUUGGGGCUAGAAGCCUCUAACUGCACCACCAUUUCGGAGGACUCGUCUCCCGAUCCAUACGGUGAUUCAAUCGAUGCUGAGGUCGAAGAAAGCGAGUACACAAACCCCUCGGAUUCUGUUGAUAUGGAUGGCACUGUGACCUGUUGUCUCGCGCGCGGUAGUCCCAUUCUACGGUUCGCCUCCCACGAAGUGGCAACGGGCCACAGGUCCCCUACUUUUGAAACCGCUAUGAGCUGCGACCAAGAAAACAAAUACAUGCACUCUGACUUGAUUGGAGCAACAGCAUGCGCUUCAAAGGAUUUAGCGCAGUUCAACGGUUCUUCGGAGUGGAAUGGACCACCAUUAGAAAAAUGUACGCCACCCAUACGUUUGGCACUUGAAAACGGUGUGCUGAACAUGAGUACAACCUUUCCAAGACUCACGGUUCUGGCUCUCAACUCAACUUUUGUCCCAUGGAAUUGGGUACUUGACCUUCUUCACCGAUUUCCAAACCUCGCGACUCUCCAUGUGGCUCUGAACAAUUAUGGUGCGGAAGAGGAUUGCCUCGAAGGGGCCGGGGACAACUUCGACGCUUGCUUGCAUCUUCCAGUUUUUCCUCGACUGCGUACACUGUACUACAGUGAUAAUGGGAUUUCGAAUUGGUGGACCGUAUGUCGCUUGGGUCGAAAUUUUCCCAGUCUGGAACACCUAGUUCUACUGGGCAAUCCUAUCACCCAUAUUCCCGCUCCGCUUUCGACCGGUUCCACAGCACCAGCACUCUCCGCCAAUCAUAACGGAACGCGCACGGGGUGCAAAUUGGUGGACAAACUGUCGGUGGAGCGCGAGUGGAACAAUUGUGCGACGCGCCCCACCUCUGCCCGGACGAAUUCUCGUGUGUUUGCCAAUGUUCACACAUUGGGCUUGUCCGAGACAUUGAUCGAACGCUGGGAGAGCAUCGAUUAUUUGGGUGAAUGGAUGCCAGCACUUACCAAUCUUCGCUUAGGCAACACUUUACCUGUCUUCCAGUCGUGGCCGGAAUCCGAUUGUCGAGCGCAUGUCAUCGCUCGAUUACCAAAAUUGACCACUUACAAUCGCAGUGUCAUCGACUCGGAUGAGCGGGAAACGGCAGAGCGUGAGUUUGUCCGCUACUUUGGCCAGGUGGAGCCAGCUUCUCGACCCGCUAGAUACUGGGAAUUAGAACGGACCCACGGUCGUUUGGAACCACUGGCCGAUAUUGAUUUGUCUCCAAAACGCUUUGUUCGCGUCCGUGUUGUCUUAGACGGAAAAGAAACUGUACAUGAUUUAAAUUUGAGCCUCAAAGUUUCUCAGGCCAAGCGCCAGUUCCUACAACUGUUCGACGUCAACCCGGCAGAAUCAAAGCGCUAUAAAUUAUUUUACUUCGAUCAAGUGAUGACGCAAAUUCAAGGUCCGGAGGAGCUCAAAUUUCCAUCGCGCGCUAUGCACUCUUACCAGCUCGAAACGGGCGACUUGUUCGAGCUGCUGAGAAUUCCGGAUCGUCACAAACCCUGCCGAUCGGGAUAG